AUGCCUGUCUUCGCAUUUUCAACAUCGGAUGUACAUAGCACGAUACCCUUUUGGAAGACAUGUCUCUGGGAACCUGAGACAACUUCACUCCUUGCUCCGGAUCUAGUUCCUGAAACAGUAGUGGGCAAGGUUUACUUACUCAAAGGGAAACAAGCCGAAGACACAUAUUCAGCUGAUCGGUCAAAAUCCCAGAAAGUUCCUCUUCACGAUCUGCGAGAUAUGGAAGACAAACCGAAUUUGGAAACCGAUGGAUUCACUUAUGUUUCCGGAUGGCAUAUCAACGGAAUUGAGGAUAUGGUAGAAUUUUCUGAAGAACACAGAGCAGCCUUGGAAGCAGAUUCUGUUGAGCUCGUUAAAGAGUUGACAGGGGCAAAGUCAGCAUACACCUAUUCAAUGUAUUUCAGAGAUCACACUUCACCAAACGCGCCAAAAUCGGCUCCCGUCAUUCACUCUGAUAUGUCACCAGAAGGGGCUGAAUACAUGAAAGGCGUAGCACGAAAGGUAUUUUUGACUUCGCCGGAUCCAAUGGAGAUUAGAUUUGGAAAGUACAUGAGAGAAGGUAAAAAUAUUGCGAUCUUUAAUGUCUGGAGGCCGAUCUGUACUGUCGAAGAUAAUCAUCUUGGUCUUUGCAAUUGGAGAUCACUUGUGAAAGAAGAUGCCGUGAAUUUUAACAUCAAACCACACAACGGCCUCAGUUCAGCUCAAGCAUGGAAGUAUAGAGAAGGUCAACAGUGGUUUUAUCUCAGCAAACAGCAACCCAAUGAAGCAUUUGUCUUCAUGCAACAUGAUAGCCGCGCACCAGAUGGCCAUGGUAUCAAUGUACCACACGCUUCCUUUAAACUCAAAAAGGAUGCCGGUAAACCACCUACACGAAUGAGCUUUGAGGCUAGAGUCGUUGCAAUUCUCGGUACACCCACUGAUCCACCAAUCGAACCACCAAUCGGAGGAAGACUUUCAGAAUUUCAUACUUACAUGUUAUCAGGAAUUAAUCAUGUCAUCAAUCGAAUUAUCCCCACUUCAUACAUAGACGUGUAA